CUAUUAUCUGAGUUAACACGGAGGAGUCGUUGACAUUGACUUGAUCGGAAAUAAAGCCACUGCGGAGUUGUGCUGCAAAGCUUUCAAUCUCUAUCUCAUACAGAUUUACAGAGAGACUGAUAACAGUGAGAGAUGGCUUCCGUCGUAUUAGCUUCUCUCAAGGCAACAAUGGAGUUUGAAAUUCAGCAGCCCAGCCCCCGGGUGCUUCCUGAUGACCUAAAACAGAUGAGAUCUCUCAUUCAACAUCUUUCUACCUUGCAAGCCUUCAUGAAGAAAUUCCACAUCAAAGCCUUCGAGGAUGCCGAAAUCAAAAGCGUGGAGAACCAAAUCAAAGACGUUUCACUUAAAGCAGAAGACAAGAUUGAGAUUCAACUCAGAAACAUUCUCCUGGCGGAAAACGCAAAGCGGAAAGAAGACGCUCGCAGAGAGAUCCAUGGGAGCCUGGAAGAAAUCAGAAAAGACAUAGACGAAUUGUUGGAGACGGUGAAGCAGCAUGAUAGCUCGUUAGCUGAUUCCUCGCAAUUUCCUCCCGAUGAGGACACCAUCCCUCACACGCCGCGUAAGGAAGAAAUGGUGGGAAACCGCGAGGAGUUGAAGCAGAUAAUUGAACAACUCAAUGGCAAGACUAAAGAACAACAAAUUAUCUCAAUUUUUGGAAUGGGAGGCAUCGGGAAGACGACUUUAGCAAGAACAAUCUAUGAUGAUCCAAUUACAAAUCGUUUUGAUAUUCGCGCUUGGGCAACGAUGUCACAACAAUAUGAGGGGAAACAAACUCUCAUUGCCCUUCUUCGAUGCAUUACGACCUUGACCCCCGAAGAAAUUAAGACCUCAACCAAGGAAGAUUUAAGAGAUCGAUUACAAAAGCUGUUGAAGGGAGGAAGGUAUCUAAUUGUUGUGGAUGAUGUAUGGAGUAUUGAAGCUUGGGAAGAUAUCAAACCUUGUUUUCCGACUGAGACUAAAAUUGAGGGGAACAUUUUAUUAUUGACUACUCGAGACAAAAAGGUGGCUCAAGAUACUCAUUCAGGUAAGUCACCUUAUGGCUUGAAUUUUUUAAGUGAUGAGGAUAGUUGGAUUCUAUUUUCUAGAAACCUUGAUUUUGAAACACGCUUUCCAAAAUCACUGGGUUAUGAGGACGUUGGGAAGGAAAUCGUUAAACAAUGCCGAGGAUUACCCCUUUCCAUAGUUGUAGUUGCGGGGAUUCUGAUCAGUAAAGGAUCAUUGGAGGAAUGGAAGGAAAUUCGAGCAGAAUUAGCAUUGAUAUUAACACGUGAUGAACAAUGUACAAAAAUUCCAGCUUUGAGUUACAAACACUUGCCUCCACAUUUGAAACCUUGUUUUCUACAUUUGGGAGUCUUUCCAGAAGACAGUGAGAUGCCUGUCAAAAAGCUUGUUAGGUUGUGGAUCGCCGAGGGGUUUGUGAAAGUAGGUAAUGGCAAGGCAUUGAAAGACAUGAAAAAAGCAUUGGAAGAUAUGGGCAGGGCGUUAGAAGACACAGCUCUCGAGUACUUACGAGCUCUUAUUAGUAGAAGCAUGAUUCUGAUUCGCAAUCAGAGCUCAAAUGGUGAAGUGAAGACAUGCAGAAUGCAUGAUCUGUUGCAUGACUUUUGUGUGAACAAAGCUGAAGAUGAGAACCUUUUGUAUGCUGGUAGCAUGAGAAGAUUUAGAACAGUGAAGAAUUUAAAUGAUGAUGGAAGUACAAUUAGCAACGGUGGUGGAAGUGUAAAGCACGAGGGAUUUCGUUGGUUAAGUUUUUGGCCAAAUUAUGGAAAUGUUUAUGUUUGCCAUAAUUUGGACAAAUCUCGCUCCCUAUCUUUUCUGCAUAGAGAUGCAAUUCCAACACUUAUUGGCGAGUGUUUACCGUCUAACUUGUUAAGAGUGUUGGAUUUGAUUGAAUUACCUCCAUUAUCUAAUGAAGUUUUCAUGAGUUUAAGGGAUCUAGUUCUUCUGAGGUACAUGGAUAUAGCCUUGGAUGACUGUCUAAGUCCUGAAGAGCUGGUGGAUAUAGUUUCUGGGACUCAAAAUUUGCAAACACUUGUUAUUUCUCUGAAUGGAAUGGGCUUCAGUGAUAUGUGUUUGCCAUCUAAACUUUUGGAGUCACCACAGCUAAGGCAUGUUGAGGUUAGCUAUGCUCUUUCAGUGGAUCCUCCAAGUGAGGUCAAAGAGGACUUACACACAUUCUACUGGUUGAGUCUAGACCAUUGUACCAAGGAAGUGUUUUCAAGAAUCCGAAAUGUAAAAAAGUUGGGGAUUAUUUGUGGAUCAAAGCCAAGUCCUGAGGCCAUAGAGCCUGCUAACCUUGAGAAUCUUGGAAGUUUGGAUAAGCUGGAGACAUUAAUGAUUGCAUUCCGGAAAGGCUCACCAACAGGCCUUCUGAAUCUGAAGUCUUUGCCAGUACUAAACCUCAAUAACAUCAAGAAAUUGAAACUGAAGAGAACUCGUUUGCCGUGGAGUGAAAUAAACGUAAUUGGCAUGUUGCCCAAUCUUGAAGUACUGAAACUGAAACAAGUGUGUAAUGAUCCAGAUUGGAAACCCACAGAGGGAAACUUCCCUAAGCUAAAAUUCUUGUACCUUGAAGCUGAAAACCUUAAAAGUUGGGAGGUCGAUGAAGGGGAUCAGUUUCCUUGCCUUGAGCACCUAGUUCUUAAAGAGUGUACAAAAUUGGAAGCUAUUCCAACUGGCUUUGAAAAUGCAUAUGCACUGGAGUCAAUUGAGUUACUAAAUUGCCCCCAGCCUGUUAAGAAUUCUGCCAAAGAAAUUAGUGAUAGCCGGGAGAAUAUUGGACACAAACCCAUCAUUAUUCGCCAUGUGGACCAAAUUCAAGAAGUUGAUGAUGUUGAAGAUGAUGCUGAUGAUGAUUCUUCCGAAUAAACGAAUUGAAUGGUACGUGUACUGUGAAUUGCAAUUAAAUUGCCUAUGUAUGUAUUAGAAUGAUGAUGGUGCAUGUUGUGUAUAAUGGUGUAAACUAUUGAGUUUAUUUUAUAAGAAUGUUUUUUAUUAACUUCAUAAUUUCUCCCUGUUAGAGCAAGUCCUUGUCUUAGCCUUC